AUGCACGGAUCAGCAAGAGUCUCGAAAAAAGUCACCUGCACAGCUCUCCUAUUAUUUAUUGUCGUUAUUAUCUAUUGUUUAAUCAAUUUAAGCAGUCGAAUACAGACUAACCCGUUUACUGGUGAUAUAGACGAUGAUGAAAAAAUCAAAAAUUAUGCUGAAAUAUCGUUACCUUUUAACUCAUUACGUAAUUUAACAACAUAUGUACGCAUUUAUCGUGAUAUAAGAAAAAAAUUAAAAUCUAACAAAAAUCAGUUUACCACUAAAUUUGAACAAGAUACAUUUCCUUGGUUAAACGAUAAACCGAUGUUAGAUUUCGUAGGAAAAAAUAUGUCAAGAGGAAUUGUCGUAUGUAUGAGUGAUAAAUACAUGAAUGUCGGUUUACCAGCAUUAUUGAGUUUAAACGAUUUGGGUAGUCAAUUACCGAUUGAAAUCAUGUAUUAUGGAGAGAAUGACUUAUCAAUUAAAAAUCGUCGAAAAUUAUCAAAAGUACCAAAUGUUGUUGAAAUAACAGAUUUAUCAACUAAAUUUAUUAAUGUAUCACUUAGAAGUUGGGCUGCUAAACCAUUUGCUAUAUUAGCAUCUAUUUUUCAACAUGUUAUUCUAAUCGAUAGUGAUGUUUAUUUUUUUCAGUUACCUGAAAAAUUAUUUGAUGAUCAUGAUUAUGUUAAAGAAAAUAUUAUGUUGUUUACUGAUCGAUCAUUGGAGAAAGAUACAGCUAGAACUAAAUGGGUAAAUAGUAUUUUGCCUCCACCCUUCUCAAAAUCAUUCAAUGAAUCACGUAUGGUAAGAGGACUAGCUAGAGAUGAAAUUGAAGCAGGUGUUGUUGUAAUGAAUAAAGGCAAUGAUGAUAUUUUUCUCGGAUUACUCGUUAUUUGUGUAUUAAAUGUACCACCAUACUGUAUCUACCCUUAUGUACAUGGUGAUAAGGAAACAUUUUGGUUAGGAAUGGAAAUGAUUCAGAAAACAUUCUAUGUUAACCCGAUAACAGGUGUGAUUGGUGAUGUUGUUAAUGAUAUCGUGUGCGGACAGAUUGCUCAUGGUAACAGGAAUAAGCGGCUAUUAUGGUGGAACGGUGGAUUAUUUCAAGAUAAAUUUAGUCGACCAUUUCUUUUGAAUUUCACUUAUUACAGUUGGGAACCAACAGAUCAGUAUUUUUCGUGGAAAGCAUCAUGUUUGUAUGUCAAUAAAACCGAAUAUAGAAAAUUGGAUGAGCAUGAGAGAAAUCUAAUUCGCAAAUACAAAGAAACAAUGCAAAAUGUAUGUCGAAAAAUGGCAGCCGAGGGUGAAUCAUGCUUACCAUCAUUAAAAACUAAAUGA